UCCUCUCUCUGAAUAUUACACACACACAUAUAUUGAUAUAUAUCUAGUUUAUAGUUAAUAUAUAUAUAUAGUUUUCACCUUCAUCAUCACUCUUCUCUCCUUAACCCUUACUUUUCUCUGCUUCUUUUCAUGCCCUACUGCCAUAGUGCCAACUGCAUGUGCCAUGCAAUGGCUACAAACAAUCUAUCACUGAUCCCUCUCACACUUUACAGUUUACACAACCCUAGAUACAAUAACUCCACCAACUUUUCCCAACAAAUUAGCACCUUCUUCUUACAACAUGCCAAAAACCACUAACACUAACCUCCAGAACCAUGCAGAACAUCUCCAAACCCUAAACACACUCUCAAAUUAAUCUCAAUAUAUUAACUCCUCUCUUUCUUGUAUGUAUGACCACCGCCUUUCCUCUCCAUAGAGUGACCACUCUUAUCCCCAUCCCUUCAUCUCCUCCUUCCCCACCACCUUCCCAUACUCCAAGACACUCCUCACAUGGAUAACUCCUCACCUCUCUCUCUCCCAAUAGAACAGUGCUCCUCCAGCCCCACUUCCACCUCCACAACCACCACCAAGAAGAAGAAGAACAAAGGCAAAGGUGGUCCAGAUAACAACAAGUUCAGGUACAGAGGAGUGAGGCAACGUAGCUGGGGUAAAUGGGUGGCUGAGAUCCGUGAACCACGCCGCCGCACUCGCAAAUGGCUCGGCACCUUCUCCACCGCCGAGGACGCUGCUCGUGCCUACGACCGUGCUGCUCUCGUCCUCUACGGUCCUCGUGCUCAGCUCAAUCUUGAAUCCUCUUCUCCUCAUCCCUCCACCACCUCCUCCUCUUCUUCUUCUUCUUCUUCUUCUUCUUCUACUACUACUACUACUACUAGUUCUACUCCACCAGCUCUCCGGCCACUACUUCCUCGUCCUUCCGGGUUCCCUUACCAACCUCUUCUCCACCCGAUCCGACCCGAUAACCCGCUACUUCGAACUCCUACUGACUACCAACGAACACUGGAAAUUGGCUUGAGUUCUGCUUCCGGAUCCGGGUCUGGAUCUAAACCCGUUUACCCGAAUCCGAAUAUCUAUGAAGAGAUAAACUCACUUGCAGGUUCUGUUAGCUGUGGCCUAACUCUUGCUUCACCGGAGAUGUCACUAACUCCUCCGGCUGACCCCUCACCGCCGGCACCUCCGGUUGAAUCUCCACCUAUGGCUUCCACUUGGCCUUUUGAUGAUUAUAGUUCCUACUUGUGGGAUGAUGCUGAUGCUUUCUUCUUUGAUUUAUGAAUAGGUUAAUUAUUAGGGUUAGGGUUAGGGUUUGUAUGCAAGCAUUCUGAAGAAC